AUGGAGGCACCGCAAGACCAAACAACGGACAAAGAUGCCUUCUUCAGCAAUGCAAUGCACCUAGAAACUCUCAUGGAAGAAACCGAAGCUGACGAUUUUGAUGAUUCCAGUGUGUCGUCAAUGGGAAGCACAGACAGUGAUAGUAUGGACGAUGAAUUUGGGCAGUUGCCAAGUACCGAACGGACAUUCUUGUCGCGGCGCAUGCUUCGCCAGUACAAGGAUCAAUUGCAUGACACCAUGGAACGAGUCAGGCUCAUCGCUGGAAUAGCAGGGUUGGAAGCAGAAACUGACAAGGAAGGAUUUGCCGAGAUCUUGGCGGAGGCGGAGGAUGACCCGUCUGUCCGGUCCGGGGCAUCGCUAGUUGAAAUGGAGCGUAAGACGCCAUACAUGGACACGGUGGCAACGUUCUCGACACCCACGGUGGAGGAAGAUGAGCCCCUUCCUGACGGUGAAGACCCGACUCAUAAAAACCAGGAGGAUAAGUGGCAAGAGAUAAAAGAAGAAAUUGCGGCCGAGUUAACCGCUCAACCAGCUACCAAUGCAAUUCAAGAUGGUGACGAGACCGAGCAUGCUGUCUUGCCUGUCACUGAGAAGACCAAUACCAGGUCCAUGUCCGCCUAUCAGCAGGUGUUCUCUGCUCUGGACCAGUACGAAACACCAGCAGAUACAAGUUCCUCGGUAAGCUUGUCGGACGAUGCAGACAUCAGAGUGAGAAUAUUAUACGGAACCCUCGAUGAGUCCCGUGCCCAAGGCUUGCUUCGCCUCUUCCCUCCCAAUGGCGACGAUAUGGUUACCUUGACGGACUUUGUUCAGGCAUGUGACGACGUCUACAAACGAAUUCUCUUUCUUGGAGCCAGUAUGAAAAGCUCGAUUCUGGCUAUUGCGGUUCGACGCCCGUUUGAUCUGGGAGACCGGAUCAGACUAUCUUCGGGUUUGGCAGCUUCCUCUCCUGGGCUCGGUGAUACGUGGAUUGUGGAGGACAUCAACCUGAUGACUACUACACUUCGAUAUGCUGCAACCAAUGAAGUAUCUACAAUCAACGACUGUACUCUCUCAGAGGCUCGCAUUGUCAACUGCGCCCGCUCAACAAAUGCGAUUGUCCGCUUCCGCAUUGCAUUCCGGGCUAGCGCCACUGCCGGCCAGUUGAAGGGAUUUCGUCAAGAGCUUGAACUCUACUUGGAGAACCAACCUCAAGUUUGGACCGGGCUGGUCCAAUUCGCCAAUGAUGGCAUUCAAAGGGACGACUCGUACAUUGUGUUUCUUAUCGGUGUGCAGCAUGUCAAGUCAUGGCAAGAGCUUGGAAAGAUUGUGGCCAACAAAGGAGAGCUGACGCGCGAAGCGGAUAGGAUUGCUAAUAAAAUGGAGAUUCAUUACAAGAGCCCCGAAGGCAAGAUGAAUGUGGAAGUGGUUCAUAAGGCAGUUGAUGUCAGCUAA